GGCAAUCCGCUCCUGCACGGAGACGCUCGUGAUAACUCUUUCUCUCGCUUCGUCGGUGUUUACGGCAUCCCGGUGUCUGCUGUAUCCCGGUGACGCACGAGGCGAUAUUUCAAGGGUAAAUCAAACGCCAGUUCAUAGACCUCGCGCAUUUCCCGUAAUGCGAUAGAUCGUGCGGAGCGACUCAAUGACAUCCAAUGCAGGAAAUAGCAGAAGACGCGUAUGUAAAGACGCAAUGAUCCGAAGAAGCUGAGAAACCGCAUAAUAACCAUCCGCGGACUUACAGGCGGUCCACGAUGCUGGUACCGCCUGAUAUGAUUUCGUCCCACUCCAGGAUGGUCUACCAAUUCAACAAGUACUUCGGCGAGCGUGUGAUGAACAGAAAAAGCCAGGUAGCAAAGACUAUUCAAGAAGUAUGCAGAGUGGUGCAGGACGUUUUGAAAGAGGUGGAAGUGCAAGAGCCUCGCUUCAUCUCAUCCCUGACGGAUUACAACGGCCGGUUCGACGGCCUCGAUGUCAUCUCGCCGACGGAGUUUGAGAUUAUCAUCUAUCUAAAUCAAAUGGGCGUGCUGAACUUCGUGGACGAUGGCACCCUGCCGGGCUGUGCCGUACUAAAGCUCAGCGACGGUCGCAAGCGGUCUAUGUCCCUCUGGGUUGAGUUUAUCACCGCGUCCGGAUAUCUGUCGGCCCGAAAGAUACGCUCGAGAUUUCAGACUUUAGUGGCGCAGGCCUGCGACAAGUGCACGUAUCGGGAUUCGGUAAAGAUGAUCGCCGACACUACUGAGGUGAAGCUACGGAUACGAGAGCGUUACGUGGUGCAGAUUACGCCGGCCUUUAAGUGCGCCGGACUCUGGCCCAGGUCGGCCUCUCACUGGCCUAUCGCGCACAUACCUUGGCCACAUCCAAAUAUCGUCGCUGAAGUGAAAGCAGAGGGCUUCGACAUGCUCUCGAAAGAAUGCAUAGGUCUGCAGGGCAAGCAAUCUGCCAUGGAGGGCGACGCCUGGGCGUUGUCAUUCAUCGACGCGGAGAACCGGCUGCUACAAGGCGCGAGCAGGAAGCGUUGCUUAAGUAUAUUGAAGACUCUGAGAGAUCGGCAUCUCGAUUUGCCAGGAAAUCCAGUCACUAGCUAUCACAUGAAAACUCUUUUGCUCUAUGAGUGUGAGAAACAUCCUCACGAGGCAGAAUGGGAUGAGGGAUGCCUAGCCGAAAGGAUAAACGGUAUCUUUCUGCAGCUGAUUUCCUGCUUGCAGUGCCGCAGGUGCCCGCACUAUUUUCUACCAAAUCUCGAUCUCUUCAAAGGAAAAUCGCCCAGCGGUCUGGAGAACGCCGCGAAGCAAGUGUGGAGACUCACCAGGGAAUUGCUGACGAAUAGCCGCGCGCUCGAGAAGCUGUAAUGACCGACGGUAGGAGUGCUUGUCAUAUGAUUCGUGAAUUGAUCUCGCAAUUUCGCACGUUGCCGCGACUGCAGCAUCGCCGAUUUCAACACGCGAAUAAAAUAUGUUUAAUAAAUCAUAUAACUCGGUUAUAUAAAAAAUACGUGAUAAUAUCAUCGUUGAUUAAAGACUAAUAACGUGAAAGGAUUUAUACAUUUUCCUUGGGUUUUGCUGUCAUCGUAACACACUGUCAAGUCAUUGGCAAGUUCGAUCUGCAUUUUUAUGGAUUUCGCGAAAUCCCGAAUUCUGGAAAACAUAUAUUCCGUUUUCGGUAUCUCAAAAAUGUUUAGUGUGUGUCAGCAGCAAUUUUCACGCAAAUAAUUACGCGUGUAUGUGAUGUUUGGUGAACACGUGAUUGCUCGCGGACGAUCAAAUUAGUGCCAUAAAUACUUCGACGUUAGAGACAAGUUUCGUUUCUAUUGUCGGCGCGAAAUAUUUGUUAAUUAUAUAGAUAGCAGCAGAGAAUCAUCGCUCAUAGCAGUUUGUUGUAACGUUGGAUUACAACGCUGUACCGAUGCGUGUGAAAUAAUCUUUAACCUGUGGUACAAAUGUCUUAUCAAAUUUUACCCAGUGAAAAGAACGAAUUAUUUUUUACAUUAAACUCUUUAAGAGCUUUAAAUCUACAUCAAGCGAUUAUUUAGAAAACAUACAAAUUUCGAUUAACAAAAAUUCUCGAUUAUUUUUAAGUAUAAUGCUUUAUUUCAACAAUUUCAUGAAUUCUCAAAUCUGUGAUUCCAAGCACUGCCAAUUCAGCACUUAAAGAGUUAUAAUAUCAAAUUUUAUCAUCAAUGACUUUUCACAUAAAACUUUUGAUGUAUCGAAUAAUAAUUUUAUCCUGUAGUUUUGAUAAAGUUUGAUCGCGACCACGGUUAAAGGUUCGACGUUUCUCUCUAAUUAACUCCCUCGCGCAAACCCCGCCGCCUAUGUAAAUAAAAUUUGAAAGAUAUUUAUUGAACUGUAACGAAAUGUGAAAUACAAUACUAUUUAUAUGGAA